AUGGCAUUUCACAGAACCCUAAAGUCCAAGUCUGGACCCAGUUCCUCAAUCAUCUUCCCUGCCUUCUGCAUAGCUGCGAUUGCGCUCCUCUUCUUCUUUGCCUCUCUCAUUUCCACAAACUCUGUAUCCUCUCCAAAAUCCCUAGAAAGUGUGACCAAGUCAGAGAACAAUGGCCAGAAUGACCAGAAUGGCCAUGAGAAGUUCCUCUACUGGGGUAACAGAAUUGAUUGCCCUGGAAAGCACUGCGAAUCCUGUGAAGGUCUGGGCCACCAGGAGUCCAGCCUCCGGUGUGCUCUUGAAGAGGCCAUGUUCCUUAAGAGAACCUUUGUAAUGCCUUCCAGAAUGUGUAUCAACCCAAUACACAAUAAGAAAGGGAUCCUUCGUCGCUCAAAUAUGGCAAAUCAGAAUUUGAAGAUUUCCACUGCUACUUUUGCUAAAAUGGCGUUAAUUUCCUGUUUCAAGUGGGCAGCAGAGUAUUGUUCCAUGGACUCUUUGUAUGAUAUGGACCUCAUAUCGGACACUGUACCAGUAAUUUUAGACAAUUCAAAACUGUGGUAUCAGGUGCUCACAACAAGUAUGAAGUUGGGAGCUAGAGGAGUUGCUCAUGUGGAAAGAGUUAGUCGUGUUGAUCUCAAAGAGAACAGUCGUUUCUCAAAUCUUUUGCUGAUAAACAGAACUGCAAGCCCUCUGUCAUGGUUUAUGGAGUGCAAGGAUCGAAAUGACCGUAGUGCUAUACUUUUGCCAUACUCCUUUCUCCCCUCAAUGGCAGCAAAGAACUUAAGGAAUGUAGCUGACAAGGUUAAGGCACUCCUUGGUGAUUAUGAUGCAAUUCAUGUUCGUCGUGGCGAUAAAAUUAAGACCAGGAAGGACAGGUUUGGUGUUGACAGGACCCUGCAUCCUCAUCUGGACAGGGAUACACGCCCAGAGUUUAUUCUCCACAGAAUUGAAAAAUGGGUCCCACCUGGACGAACUCUUUUUAUUGCUUCAAAUGAAAGGACGCCAGGAUUUUUUUCACCUCUCUCAGUCAGAUACAAAUUGGCUUACUCAUCAAACUAUAGCCACAUUUUGGAUCCCGUGAUUGGAAAUAACUACCAAUUGUUCAUGGUUGAAAGGCUUAUCAUGAUGGGUGCUAAAAAAUUCAUUAGAACAUUCAAAGAAGACGAUACAUAUCUCAGUCUUACCGAUGACCCGAAGAAGAACUCCAAGUUAUGGAAAAUGCCAGUCUCUACCAUGGAUGAAGAUGGCAAGCAAACACUUUGA